UCGUUAUUACGCGACGGGUUUAAAUAAACGAACACUUCGAGCACGGACGCCAGCUCUGAAAAUUCCAUGAAAUUGUUUACAAAACGUCACGUCAGGACGCUACGUUUACAUUUUUGUGUACAAAAUAUUUUGACACAGUGCACGCACCAUUGUCCUUUAAAUAUUUCCGAAUAUCAUUUUCUUUUUCUAUGUAUAAACUGAUUACGAAGGGAUUCUACAAAUCGUUCCAAGUGGAAAAAAUUCUAGCGAUUUAUCGUUUUUUGUACAGUUACCCGAGGCUUCUGUUUUUUCAAUCUUUGUUUCACGCUGCAUUUUUCAGUGAAUUAUUAACUUAAUUUUGUAUCGUUCAAACAUUGUUGUUCCCUCUUGGUAUACCGUGUCCCUGUUACGACUGAAUAAAAGUGGAGGUUAUGAGGUUAUGAAAGAUUAACACACGUCGUGUGUAUAUGCAUAUGUCGAGCAAAGAGUAUGACAGCGAAAUGGAUUACUCCGAUUCAGACUGCGGAGAUCCAGGCUACGAAGACUAUUAUAAUGUUCAGCCAUGGGGCGGCGAAGUCGACAAUGACAUAGAUCCUGAUCAAAACAGAAGAGAUCCAGAAUACGCUGUAUAUGAUUGUUUGAGAGUAGAGGAAGUGGAAAGACUUUUGAACGAAAAUGUAGAAGUGUUAAGUAAUAGUCUUCACAUAACGCCGUCGUUAGCCAAAGUUUUAUUACAUGUGCACAAUUGGGCAUUACAAGAUAUCAUCACAAAAUACCGUACCAAUGCUUCCAGUUUAUUAAUUAAUUCAAAAGUAAAGCCAAUGCCUCCAUUGGAGUCAGUGCCAGGGUUAAAAGGUCAAAGAAGCGGAGUGUGUUCAGUUUGCAUUACAAUUUAUCCGGUCGAUAAGUUUUCUACGCUAGUAACAUGUGGGCACUCAUUUUGUAAAGACUGUUGGUGCAUGCAUUUUGAAGUACAAAUAACUCAAGGUAUUUCUACAGGAAUAAGCUGCAUGGCACAGGAAUGCGACGUAUUAGUUCCAGAAGAUUUUGUUUUGUCCUUACUCACUAAACCUAAUAUGAGGGAAAGGUAUCAACAAUUUGCUUUCUGCGAUUAUGUGAAAUCUCAUCCGCAAUUAAGAUUCUGUCCUGGCCCCAAUUGCCAAAUAGUUAUGCGUUCUAAAGAACAACGGGCAAAACGAGUUAUAUGUACAACCUGUAAAACUAUAUUUUGCUUCCGAUGCGGUAUGGAUUACCAUGCACCCACUGAUUGCAAUACAAUUAGAAAGUGGCUAACUAAAUGUGCGGAUGAUUCAGAGACAGCUAAUUAUAUCAGUGCUCACACCAAAGACUGUCCAAAAUGUCACAUUUGCAUAGAAAAAAACGGUGGUUGCAAUCAUAUGCAAUGUUAUAAUUGCAAGCACGAUUUUUGUUGGAUGUGCCUUGGAGAUUGGAAAGCACAUGGAACUGAAUAUUACGAAUGUUCACGUUAUAAGGAAAAUCCCAACAUUGCUCAUGAAAGUGUUCACGCACAAGCACGAGAAGCUCUCAAGAAGUAUCUCCAUUACUACGAAAGGUGGGAGAACCAUAGUAAAUCAUUAAAGUUAGAAGAACAGACUUUGGAGGGCAUAAAAAUGCGAAUAAAUAAAAAAGUAAUGAACGCUAGCGGAACGUGGAUCGACUGGCAGCAUUUGUACGAAGCUGCGUCACUUUUAGCACGCUGUCGUUAUACUUUACAGUACACUUAUCCUUACGCUUAUUACAUGGAACCCGGACCGCGCAAAGAAUUGUUUGAAUAUCAACAAGCUCAGUUGGAAGCUGAAAUAGAGAAUCUCUCUUGGAAAAUAGAACGAGCAGAGACAACAGACCGUGGAGAUUUAGAGAAUCAAAUGGACAUUGCCGAAAAGCGUCGCGUUAUUUUGCUAAAGGACUUCCUCGAGGUAGAGAAGAACGGAAAUUCCAAUGUUCUAAAAUAAGAUUCGGUAAGCUGAGUUAUGUAAUCAUACAUAAUGAAGAAUUCCAUAGGUGUGCGAAGAGAAGUGAGCACCGAAAAAAAAAAAAAAAAAGAAAAGAAGAAGAGUAGGAAAGUAUUAAUUGUAUCGACUGAUUGUUAAAAUUUUCUAUAGAGUGUACAUUAAUUUCCUAGUCUAAGAGUAUUUCCAGAAAUAUCGUACGACGCAGCGCUUUCUUCGAAAUUGAAUAUUUAGGAAUUAUUUUUAUUGAUGCUUACCCGCACACACCAACCAGAAGACGCAAUAACAAUGUGAAUUACGUAAAUACAUCAAUAGUACGUAUUGUCAAACAAAUAUCAAUGCGAGGCAUUGUUGUUCGAUGGACUCUACAACAUUUUCUUUCAAGUAUUACUACUAUUUAAGAUACGUUUUAGUACCAACCGUCUUAAAAAAGAAAG